CCAGGAACAUCUGAGGAGGGGAAAAGGAAGCCUCCAGCUUUCCUCUUUUCACCAGAGAGACCUAGACACCCCUCCCUCUCCGGGCCCAGAUCAUUUUGUGAUAAGGACUGUGUUAAUUCCUUGCCUUGCUGGACUGACCAUGGCUCCCUUUGGAAGAAAUUUGCUGAAGACACGACAUAAAAACAGAUCUCCAACUAAGGACAUGGAUUCUGAAGAGAAGGAAAUUGUGGUUUGGGUUUGCCAGGAUGAGAAGAUUGUCUGUGGAUUAACUAAACGCACCACUUCCACCGAUGUCAUCCAGGCUUUGCUGGAGGAGCAUGAGGCUACAUUUGGAGAGAAGCGAUUUCUUUUGGGCAAGGCCAGCGACUACUGCAUCGUUGAAAAGUGGAGGGGCUCAGAGCGGGCCCUUCCUCCGCUAACGAGGAUUCUGAAGCUGUGGAAGGCCUGGGGAGAUGAGCAGCCCAAUAUGCAGUUUGUUUUGGUUAAAACAGAUGCCUUUCUCCCGGUUCCUCUGUGGCGGACAGCUGAAACCAAACCAGUGCAAAAUAGUGAAAAGCCUUGGGAGCUCAGCCCAGCAAAUUACAUGAAAACUUUACCACCGGAUAAGCAAAAACGAAUAGUCAAGAAAACCUUCCGGAAACUGGCUAAAAUUAAGCAGGACACAGUUUCUCAUGAUCGAGACAAUAUGGAGAGUUUAGUUCAUCUGAUUAUUUCUCAGGACCACACUAUUCACCAGCAAGUGAAACGAAUGAAAGAGUUAGAUAUGGAAAUCGAAAAAUGUGAAGCUAAGAUCCACUUGGACCGGCUCGGGAAUGAUGGGGACAAUUACGUUCAGGAGGCAUACUUAAUGCCCAGGUUCAGUGAAAAUGAGCAAAAGCUGGACUUUCAGUCUGAGGACAACGAGACUCUAGAGGACCUGAACGACAGUGAGGGGGUGGCACACCUAGAGGAACGGCUACAGUACUACAGAGUCCUCAUUGAUAAGCUGUCUGCUGAGAUUGAGAGAGAGGUGAAGAGCAUGGGCAUUGACGGAAUUGAAGACCCAGAGGGGGCAACAGCGUGUGAGUUGGAAAACUCCGAUUUAGAAAGCAUAAAGUGCGAUUUGGAGAAAAGUAUGAAAGCUGGUUUGAAAAUCCACUCUCACUUGAGUGGCAUCCAGAAAGAGAUUAAAUACAGUGACUCAUUGCUUCAGAUGAAAGAAAGGGAAUACCAACUCCUAGCGAAGGAGUUCAGUUCCCUUCACGUUAGCCACAAAGAUGGAUGCCAGUUAAAAGAAAACGGAGGACAGGAAAGUGAGGCUCCCAGCAGCAAUGGGGAGAUCCCUCCAUUAACUCAAAGGGUGUCCAACACAUACCCAAAUGACACAGAUUCAGACACUGGCAUCAGUUCCAACCACAGUCAGGACUCUGAAACGACUAUGGGCGAUGUACUGCUCUUGUCAACUUAACUCACGCGGAUUCCUUCUAAGCAUCAAUGAUGUUUGGUGUGAUUUCACAAGGAACUCUCCUCCAUUUAUAACUCUGUGAAAGUGUAAACAGUGCUAAAGUAUUGGGUAGUUAAUAAAAGCUAGUGGACAUCUCUAACACCAUUACUUGUUUUCAUAUAGUAUUUCCAGUUUGGCUUUAUUAUAGGUUCAAGCAAAAAAUCUGUGUAUUAGGAAUGUAUUAAGUAUUAGCUUAUGGUUUCGCAGCACCCAAACCUUCUAAUGGGAAUUGAUUGAUAAUUCUUCCACAGCUUUAACGAGACA